AUUGGGUCAUCAUCAUCCUGAAGGCGGGGCUAAACGACAGCGUUCAUAUACAGCGUUAAUGACACAUCUUGCUACUUUAGCUGUAACCGAAGUAGGCGCGUCCAGUAAACGUACACAGUAGUCCAUCAGAAGACAUCCAAAAUGGUUAUGAUAAUUGAGGAUAAGCCUGCCUUUGAUAAUGCUCUGAAAAAUGCCGGUGACAAGUUGGUGGUAGUGGACUUUACAGCCACAUGGUGCGGGCCCUGCCAGAACAUCGCUCCAUUCUAUAAAGCACUGUCUGAAAAACCAGAAAACAAAAAUGUUGUGUUUCUAAAGGUGGAUGUGGAUGAUGCACAGGAUGUGGCUAGUUUCUGUGACAUCAAAUGUAUGCCAACAUUCCAUUUCUAUAAGCAUGGGCAGAAGGUUGAUGAAUUUUCUGGCUCAAAUCAAGCUUUGCUGGAAGAGAAAAUCAACAAACUUAAAUGAAGGAAAACAAACAUUAACACACUCAUUAACACAAACCAAUGAUUGUAAUAUCUCAACACAGGUUAGAAUUUCCAGCAUGGGUUUUGAGAAAGUAUGACAUCAAGUAAAUAAACUUACAGUACAAGUAAAUUAAAAUUAAUUUAAAUCCUCUUGUAUUUUAGUUUAUAAACAGAGAAAAUACAUUCCUGAAACACUUCUUUUUUUAAAGGAAUAUUUGGCCCUGCUGUAAGGACUGUCUUAUGUAUUUUAUGUUGGCUUUGUAUGAAAAGAAAACAACAAAUGAAAAAAAAAAGUAGAAUUUUA